AUAUACACAUAUAUAUAUAUAUAUUUAUUUAUUUGAUUUACUCCAGUUUACUCCACUGAACUGUGCUGAACGGAGCCACGCUGGGACUGCUGGCUGAGGACUGACGACGGAAGAAGAGAGAGAGAGAGAGAGAGAAAGAGAGAAACUGCGCGCGCACGAAAGGGAAGGAAGGGAAAGGAAGAGAGACGGAGGCGGAGUAUAUAGCCGUAGGUCAAACGUAGUCAAACGCAAGUUAGACGGAGACGCAGCGAACCUAGAGAAGAGGUGUGUAUGUGCAGUGUACGUGUGCUGUGCGAGGGCAGCGCGAGUAUCAACCAGCUGGUUGGCAAGGCAAGGGAGGCCAGUCGUCAGUGAGACGCAGUGAGACGCGCGAGUCGCUGAGUUCUCCUCCUCCAAUCAGGAGAAGGCAAGAAGAGAGAGAGGGUGCGCGUCUCGUGUGUGGUGUACACGGUGUACACGGUGUACAUCGCAUCCCGCUUCGAUUGUGCGUACCGUUAGUGGUUGGUGGUUGGUGGCUGGUGCGCGCCGUUUAUUCCGUAACGUAAUCUAUCUCUCCGUGGCCGUGCGUGUGAACUCGCGCGCGCGCGCGCGCGUGUACAGGUGUGAGUGUGUGUGCGUGUGUGGGUCUGGGCUGGGGGGGGGGAUUACGUGCGUGCAACGAGCGAACCAAGAUGGCCGCUGAUUCAGGAAUGGAGACGUGUCCCUCCCCGGAGAUUGCGGACUCCAGAAAGCGGCCGCUCGACUGCGAUGCGGAGAACGGCGCGACCAAGAGAUCACACUACGGAUCAGGUGGAGAUGGAACGUAUCAUCUCAAAGUGUUGGUUCCCGGUGUGGCAGCCGGGGCCAUUAUUGGAAAAGGUGGAGAUACAAUUGCUCAACUUCAAAAGGAUACAGGGGCAAGAGUGAAGAUGUCUAAAUCGCACGAUUUUUAUCCAGGAACUACUGAGAGAGUAUGCCUUAUCACAGGCACCGUAGAUGCUAUUAUGGAGGUCAUGGAGUUCAUCAUGGACAAAAUACGCGAGAAGCCUGAUCUUACUUCGAAAACUACGGUUGACUUCGACUCUGGUAAAGCUACUGCGGAGAGAGACAAGCAGGUUAAAAUUUUAGUGCCUAAUAGCACUGCAGGGAUGAUAAUAGGAAAAGCUGGGAAUUACAUUAAACAAAUUAAAGAAGAAUCUGGCUCGUACGUUCAAAUCAGUCAGAAGGCUAAGGACUUGUCCCUUCAGGAGCGAUGUAUAACGGUGAUUGGUGAGAAAGAAAAUAAUCAUAGGGCGUUACACAUGAUCUUAGCGAAAGUGGCGGAUGAUCCGCAAAGCGGUACCUGCCUUAACGUCAGUUACGCGGACGUAAGUGGUCCUGUUGCCAAUUACAAUCCUACAGGCAGCCCGUAUGCUCAAGCUCCCACAAGCACUCCCACGUAUACAUCUACAGCUGGUCUAAAUACAGUGAGUCUCUUAAAUGGCGCUGGUUUGAGUCUUAAUCUAAAUCUGGGCGCGGCUAUCACCGCUGGCACGGCGCCGGUGACAACGCAGCUGUUGGAACACAUAAAAUUGAAUCUACGUACGACAGGUUUCUCCGAGCCUGCUGCAACGGAGAUACUUGCUGCGAUUGCGACCCUCGCUAAAUACAAUAUUCUCGGGAUGGGGAUUGGGAUGCCGUCGAGUAUGAGCUAUUUGGGUAAUCCGAUGGACAGUACGACAACUGCUAACGGCUCGAACAACAACGGCGGUGUAUUCGGACCGAUCGGGACCGUUCCUGCGCUCGGAUCUACCUCGCCGACUCCGCGCAACACCCUCGAUCGGUACGAGCCAUUUGAUCCAUUCCGACAGAACAACACCGCCGCCAGUGCGAUACACCUGAACAACAAUUCAUUCGGCCUGGGCACUAACCAGUUAUCACUUGUAAGUAAGAGUCCUACACAGGUAGACGCCAACAACAAGGAGACCAAGAAAGUAGACAUAGAAAUUGCAGAGGUUAUAGUGGGAGCUAUUCUGGGACCCGGUGGUCGUGCCCUCAUUGAGAUUCAGCACUUAAGUGGCGCCAACAUACAAAUCUCUAAGAAGGGCAUGUUCGCCCCUGGUACCAGGAACCGCAUAGUGACUAUCACGGGUUAUCCCAAUGCAAUCAACACUGCUCAGUACUUGAUCGAGCAGAGGAUCAGUGAAGAGGAGGCAAAACGAGCGCGUCAGAAUGCCAUCGCCAGUAUGAUCCAUUGAUUUCAAGUAUAGCACUCCUCUUGUUCAUCGCCAUUAUUGAGCUCCGUUGUUCACCUCUUCAUAUCUUGAGAAAGGAGAACACGCCCGGCCACGACGGUUUUCUUCUUUCUUCUUUUGACACAAACGCACACACACAUACACACACACACACACACACACACACACACACACACACACACAUUUCGUCCAUCGUCAAUUUACCGGCCAUUGUCAUCUAUCGCGCUGCGUUGUCACUAUAGCGCUUGCAUUGUCACAUCAUUUACGUUUAUACAUCCAUCAUGGCUCGUCAACAUUUAUCUAUUUUUUAAGAUAAUAUGGUGUAUAUAUAUAUACAUAUAUAUAUACACACAUAUGAAUAUUAUGUAUGUUGUACAAUAUAUAACUACUACGAUUGUUCUGUGAUACACACCUUACGGGGCUUUAUCACACACGACACACGCAUACUGCAUCAGAGUUGCCACAAGUAACUAAUUGUUAUUGUCUAUAGCGUGUUACCGUUGAGGUAAUCCACUAUAUUAUUGUUAUCGGAUUCGGAAUAUAUGAUAUGACAUCUCUUUUAGCCACGCGUUCACAUCAUACUGACUACUACACGACACCCGGCUUCUUCUCAGACUUUUGUCUAGAUAAUUACAUCCCCAGUUUUUAUGAAUCCAACGUUAUGCAUUCACCUCAUAUAGAACUUAACGUUAAAAAAUGGCACUGUAAAUCUAAAUCAAUCAUUAAUUGGUCAACUCAAAUGUUGAAACAGGGAUUCCAUGAUCAACAUUCUCUGCAUUGUCUUUCGAAAUAGGAAAUACUUAGACUAAUAGAUUUUUCUCGCUCUUUUGCAAAAUAUAUUAUUCACUUCUAUCAUACCAAAUACAGAGUAAUAUCUUGGCAAAACCAAAGAGUUUAUAGAUACAGGAUGUUUUACAAGGAAAGGGUUACGAGCUUUUAAGACUUACAAUUUUAGGCUUUAGAAAUUUGUAAACCUUUCCCAAAACAUCUCAUAUAAUGCAAAAAUAC